AGAUGUUCUCGGCCGGACUGUGGUCGGGAGUCGCCGGCCGAUCAGUGCGAGAGUACGGACAGAAAGAAUGACGUCUUCUGCCACUCUUCAGAUUCAUCAUGCAUAAAGCUGGCGACUCCAAUGAAUUGCUGAUUACCAUACCCGAGCCUCAAUUUGACAGAAAUAGCCAUUUAAAAGUUAGGUAAUAAGGUACUAAUUGGUACUCAGUAUGUACCUAUAGUUUUACCGGUUUUACCAUAGCCUUGGUUUUACCUAUAGCCUUGGUUUUGCCCAACACCGCUCAACGAGACGCACAGAGCCACCUAUUUUAUCCAAUCACUGAUAACUGUUUUUAGCGACAGGUGGCAGCAGGCAGUUUAACACUGCAACAUGUUUUCUGAAAGAAGCAAAUCUUUUGUGGUAGUUUGCUCAGAAGCAUAUUAUGUCAAGAAAAAAGCAAUAAAAUUUAUGUACACUUUUAUAUAUGCUAACAAUACAGUGGACUUGUUUCAAGCAAGCUCAUUAAUUGAUGCAAUAUUAAAUAAAGUGUUAGAAAGGCGCCAAAGAUUGUUUACGUACAAUGCGGGCGGCAUUAAUGGCGCAGAUCGUGUGCAAGGUGGGGAGCUUGUGGGAGCGCCGUGGUCGAUCGGGAUUGCGUGGAUUGUUUCCUCUUUAAAUCACCCCAGCCAGGGUAUAUACCCCAGCAGUGGUAAGGCAUGGAGUGGAUAGGAGAAACCCGGCGGGGGCGACUUGUGCACGAAGGUUAUUUCUACAACAUAGACAAAGUAGCAAAUGGAAACACUUACGUGAGGUGCAGCGCCCGAUUUCGCCUCAAAUGUAAAGGCAGGGGCAUUUGCUCAGACGGGGGCGGCUUCCAACUCACGGCAUCACACAAUCACGCGCCAAAUGCUGAAUCAAUUGAGCGCACGGCAGCAAGAGCCAGCCUGAAGGAGAGGGCGCAGGAGACGACGGAAGCCCCUGCGCGGAUCAGGAUGGCCGUCGAAGGAAACAUGAGCCGGGCUGCACGCACCGGCAUGCCUGCUGCCCCACAAGUCAACAGGUAAGCCUUCUUAUCCAGCUCGUAAAUGUAGCAAAAUGGUGCACUCGUAUAUUAUAUCUAUUUAGCAGAUGCUGUCCUAUUUUUUUUUUGCAGAUUCUUUCCCCUGUCCCCCCCCCCAUCUAUGUUCUCUUAUAUCUCAGCAGGUUCAUGGCAAGCUUAUAUCAAUAUUGAUGGCCCCUGCUUCUGUCCUCUAAAUUGGAAUCAAACAUACCUAUCCAUAUGGUGUCUUGUAGUUUGGCCAUUUACAAAUUUGAAUCCCUAGAAAUGCUACUUAAAAAUUAUAUUCGAUAUUCUUUUUGCACGGGGAAAGAUGCCUAUGCAGUAUGCAUGCUGGCCGAGCUAUUAUCAAUUACUUGUAACCCUCGCCGGCACAGAGGAUGCACAGUUGAUACACCCGAAGUUUUUUUUUUCGCGAAUCUCGCGCAAAAAGCGGUUGAUCGCAAUGAAACUCUCAGUACCGUCUUGUUGAUUAAUUUUACACCUACCCUGAAAAUUUCAUGACCCUGACCCAAAUGACCUUUGACCUGUGGCCUACUUUCCGAGACCAUGUUUGGCCAGAAUCUCGAUUCGGCGAUGUCGGCUCGCACUAGCCGCGCGUUUGCAGUCUUUUCGUGGUUUCAAGCAUUCAAACAUGUGAUUUGAUGCUGCUCCCAUGCAUAAGGGCGGAUGUCAACAGUCAAGGUCACAUGAAGGUCAGGUCAGGUCAUUGACCUUUGAUGGCCUCGGUCCACUUUUUCGAGUUUUACAUGUUUUUAGGCUAGUUUUUGGAGUUGAAUUCGAAUUUAGCAACCAUUUGAACAUUUAGGUACGAAGUAGUUUUGAUGCCUUCGUAACAUGUUAUGAAGCUCUCGGGGGCGGUUGAGACGUGCUACGAUUUACGAAUAUCCGGCAGGACCCCUAAUGGUUGACCUGACCUGAUCUGACCCGACCUGGCCUAAAUGCAUAAAGACUUCAUCUGUUAUCAAAACUAGCAUGAUAUUCGUAAUCAGCACCCCGAAAAAAACCCGUCGCAGCCACUCUACGACGUUUUAACAGGUCCCGAUUUCCCCGACUUUUGGGCUAUUGACCUGACCUAGAAGGUCAACCGAUUACCUAGGACCUUAAAGUUGAGUAUCAUCGGUUUCCUCUUGUCACGGGCAAGACGUUUGUUAUUUUCCGCUGAAGCUCUAGCUCGAUCAGGGGGGUUGUACCCCCCCCCCCCCGCCCUUGUGCCGUCGAAGGACGCAAAAUGGCCUGUGCCGGCGAGGGUUAAGUGUACUCCGAAAACGUACUAUAUUGAAAAGGAAUUUUGCUAAAAGCUGUGUUCUGUUCACAGAUAUAUACGGCGGUACAGACAGGCUGUCGGGCAGAACAUCGGCCAGCCGAGGACGAUCGAGGAGCUCGUGAUCGCCAACGAAGACCGUCUGACGAAACCAAAACCCGAUCAGCCACCAGAGCGUUUCCUCCUGUAUGAUAGUGCAGAGGAUGACGGCUACCAAGGCAAGCGGAUGCUGGUAUUCAGCAGUGACUGGGGUCUAAUGCAGCUCGCCAACGGACAGCAUUGGUUCGCGGAUGGCACAUUUAAAGCGGCACCAGCUCUGUUCACUCAGCUAUACACUCUGCACACGUGUGUGCUGGGACAGACAUUCCCAUGUGUCUAUGCGCUACUCGUAGACAAGACCGAGAGAACGUACAGACAGCUACUGAGUGUCGUACGUGAAGCGAUUCUGGAAAGGUUUCCCGAUACCGAUUUUGUCGGGUCUAUUCUUAUCGACCUGGAGAUCGCCGCCAAAAACGCGGUAAGAGCUGUGUUUCCGGAGAAGGAACUGAAGCUCUGCUUCUUUCACAUGUCGCAAGCCGUCUGGCGGAAGGUUCAGGAGCUGGGGCUUCAGGCUGCGUAUGCAGCCGACGCCGACUUCGCGCUCAAGCUACGCUGCCUGCCGGCCAUCGCGUUCCUGCAAGAGGCAGACAUCCCGGACGGCUUUGGAGAGGUCGGUCGACAGCUGCCCGACGAGGCCGUUGAGCUGCUGCCCUACUUCGAGAGAACCUACAUCGGCCACGACGUGGCAGGGCGAUGGAUACCACCGCUCUUCGAGCCGCGCGAGUGGUGCCAGUAUGAUCGUACGCUGGCCGGGCUGGCCCGAACUACAAACGCCCUGGAAGGCUGGCAUCAUGGCUUCCAGAGUCGACUGGCCUGCAACCAUCCAAGCACGGCCACCCUGCUCCGAACCCUGCGGGAUGAGGAGGACACGGGACGCGCAGAGCUGGACAAGCUUAUCCGUGGCCUGGAGCCGGGGCGGCGACGCCAGUGGGUAGUGCUGGCAGCAAGGGUGCAGCGUACAGUGGAGCGCCGACAAGACGGCGAGCUCAGUGUUGCGGAGCUGGUGCGAGGGAUCGCGCACAACUUCGCGUUCUAAAGUGGCUCAUGCACCGUCUUCGCCACGUCAUCCACGUCUUCCUUCUGCCCCCCCCCCCCCCCCCCCCAGGCAGCCGUCCCCGCCCCGUCCCCUGGCGGUGUAGGUUAGGGACGUGUUUCGGAGGGCUGACAGCCUAACCGAUAUAUGUGUAGCGCGGUGGGAGAGCUUAGAGGAGCAAAUACAUGCGAGUGCGUGCAGUUUGCUUGACGAACGGUUGUUUGAUAGUGUAAUAUCUGAAAAUAGCUAGAUUGAUUAGUCUGUUUGACGAAGAUGAUUGUAGAUUGAAGAUUGGAAGUAACUAGAUUAAAGUGAUGGAUACUUUGACUGUAUAGUUCAUGUGAUUGAUGAAGCGAAACUGCCAAAGACAAUACAUUGCAUAUGGAAA